GCAGCAGCAGGCAGGCGCAGGUCUGCGCGCGCUCUUGGCCUCACGCGUCUGUGUUCCCGGAAGCGCCGCUCCUCCUCGCGCCGCAGAAACACCGAGAAGCUUCAGCAGAACCAGAACCAGAACCGCAGGACCAGGACACGCUCCUCCGUCUAGAUCAUGGCUGAGCAUGAACCCACCCCCGAGCAGCUAGCGGCCAUCGCUGCCGAGAACGAGGAGAGCGAGGCUGUGAACUACAAGCCCCCGGCACAGAAGAGCCUGCAGGAGAUCCAGGAGCUGGACAAGGACGACGAGAGCCUCCGCAAAUACAAGGAGGCUUUGUUGGGCGCAGCAUCUGUAGAUAUAGAUCCCUCCGCGCCCAACGUCCAGGUGACACGGCUAACUCUGAUGUGUGAAACUGCUCCUGCUCCUCUGACCCUCGACCUUCAGGGAGACUUGGAGAGCUUUAAGAAACAGUCGUUUAUACUGAAAGAAGGAGUGGAAUACAGGAUAAAGAUCAGCUUCAAGGUGAAUAAAGAGAUCGUCUCAGGACUGAAGUACGUACAGCAGACGUACAGGAAAGGAGUGAAGCUUGACAAGUCCGACUACAUGGUGGGAAGCUACGGGCCUCGACCGGCCGAGUACGAGUUCCUGACCCCGCUGGAGGAGGCGCCGAAGGGCAUGCUGGCCCGCGGGACCUACAACAUCAAGUCCAAGUUCACCGACGACGACAAGCACGACCACCUGUCCUGGGAAUGGAACCUGAACAUCAAGAAGGACUGGAAGGAAUGAGCCGUUCCUGAAUUCCAGCCGCUUCACUUUUUCUUUAGUUUUUUUUCCUCUCUGACUUCCCUCCUCCUCUUCCUCCUCCUCUCCUCCUCUUCGUCAGUAUGCCUCCAUCAUUCAUCAUCAUAAUGGAUUAUCUGGUUAUUCAACAAAAAAUCAAAAUGCUCUCUUUCUCUCUUCUCUCACUCCGUCCACCUUCCUACCUUCCAUGUCAUCUUCUCCCUCGUUAUCCCUUUGCCCCGCCCCUUUCUCCCUCGUUCUCCCAUCCACCACCUACAUUUGAGUAUUGAGGCUUUGAAAAAUAUAUAUGUAAAAAGCAAACAAAACGUGCACAAUCCAAUUUUUGUGUUUUUGGUUUGUUUGUUAUAUAAAAAUAUAAAAAGAAAAAAAAGAGAGAGGAAAACGUAUUCAAAAACUGAACGAAAAUACCUGGACGCUUUUGACAUGGCUGUUAUUAGUAAUCUUCUUCACAUGCUUCACUAAACACUUCCUUUCCCUCCCGUUUCCUAAAUCCAAAAUUACCCAGAUUUCCUCCCCUCUCCACUCUCGUGCUCUUUUUAUCCUUUUCUUCCUUGUCGUCAACAUUCCUUUCCUUUUCGUUAAUUUUUCGUUCUUUUUUAAGUAUAUUAAUUACAUUAUUACCAUGAUCUGCCUUGUGAUGAGAGUAAUGUGGAGUAAUGGUGCCGAUAAUAAUGCUAACAUGUCGCUGGCGUUCGCUCGGAUCCGGCGGCGUUCCUCCUCCACCCGGAGGAACAGUACUGAACAUGUCUUGUCUUUAUGCCUUUUGAGAUGAUGAUGAUGAAGAUGAUAAUGAUGAUGAUCUGUGUACAGUGGUGAAGCUGACGUCUGUAGAACUGUGUAUUAAUAUACGUUGGGCUGACGACGGCGUGCGGGUCCUGUUUGUGUUUGGCUGAAAUGGAAACGUGAGGAUGUACGUUUGUACGUGAUUUUUUUUACGUAUAGGGUGUAUGAUCAGCCUCUUGCCAUCAUUAGUAAUGUGUGUGUGUGUGUGUGUGUGUGUGUGUGUGUGUGUGUGUGUGUGUGUGUGUGUGUGUGUGUGUGUGUGUGUGUGUUCUCCCGUGACCGUUUAUUUCGCCAUGUGGCCUUAAUAUAAUUCCUGGUAGCGUGAUUUUGAGGAGCUCUUUGCCUUUUUUAAAGUGUAAAAAAAAAACGGUAUGAGAUCGCUGAAGCCCCGCCCCCGGAGCCCCCGGCUCAUAAUGCUGCUCCUCGUCGGAAACACUCGGCUCUUAUCGACCGUUUCGUUCGGUGCCUCGUCGUCCAAUUGGCUUGAUUCAGGAUGGACCAAUUAUAAAGGCCAGUAGAAGUAAAACCGUGAUUCUGAAAAACACUUUCAGCCCCUCCUUCCGGCGUCCAGCUGAGCCUCUUAUCCAGAGUGAUUGAAGGUGCGGAGUUUAGUGUUCGGAGUCAGUGGACUCGUCGUAUUGGUGUAGUGCAGUAUCGCCGUUAGCGGUGUUAUCCGCUGCACCACACCAACCACACCUUUAUUCUUUUUGGUUUGUUCUUGUUAUUUUUAUGAACAUUUCCCGAUUCUACAAAAGGCAGGAGUUUAAAUCUGUGGAAUGUGCUCUUCGCCUUGUGGUCAGCAAGUGCUGUUGAGUUUACUCAAAGCAGAAAGGGCUGUUUUCACUCGCAGACCUUAAACUUACUGCACCACCGACGAAUUACAGACAUCACUGACUGUGCCUCCUCCAUGUACAAUCACAAGCUGCUUACAAACAUCUGUGGAACCUGAGAGGCGUCUGACCUGAAGUCAGAACUUUAAAGGCCUCGGCGUUCGUCCUGCGAGUUCUCGAGAGUUGCGUUCGCUUCCGGACGGCGUCUCCGCAGGAAAUCCGCGAGGCCGUAAGUUUCUGUUCAGUCUUUUCGGCUGAGGGCCGGAGUGUUGCAGGUUUUGGUUCUAAACUGAUUUAUUUCAUUGUUCAUUAAGGCAUUUAAAUAAUUUAAAAUUGAAGAAAGGAUAAAUUUGAGAAUAUUUGUUUGUAGGGAUUAAUUGAGCUUCUGAUUGGGUGGAAUGAACUCCGGCCCUUUCCUGAUAAGACUGGACGCUCCUGCUUUAGUGAAGAUUGAGAGGAACGAGGUUCGCGAGUCUAAACUCGAAUCUGAACGAUCCGAAUCCUCUCGACCCUCCAGUCCGGCCGUGGAUCUCCUCCAGGUUUAAACUGGGAUCAGUAAAGUAAAGAUGUGCCCGGUGUUUUAUUUAUACACUCCUUUUACUUUUAUUUGUCUUUGUUUUUCUUACUUUCUCUAAACGGCCUUGCCCGAAGCGUCGGGUGGAGAUUUGUUUUGCUGCUGCUUCUUCUCUUCAGUUGGUCUUUCUGUACUGCGAUCACUGUGUUGUUGGAGAUUACUGUUCAUCUGUGUCAACAUUAAAAGUGUUCAGAAUGGA